UUUAGGGCUGGAAGAGAGGGUUUGAUGACAUAAGCUUUUCCGCUCCGAUCACGGAAUUUUCGCCCUUCUCCCCGCGGAAUAGAAAGGGUGACUUAUCCAUCAUAGUUAGUCAGUGCCACCGCGGCUUUUUUUCUCGGUCUCGACUCCCACUUGGUGCUGGCGCUUCGUUUUUACCUUCCUUUUGUCCCCAAACGUUCAUUCUCUUCAUAUUAUCCAUAUAAAGCCCUUGAAUAUGCCCAGCGAAGUAUCUGACGACGGCGUUGCGACUCCGGUCUCCGCCAAGGUGAGUAACCUCACCUUGACUGAGUCCGCGCUUGCAACUCCCACUUCGGAAAAAGGGGAGGACUCGACUGCCUAUGACUGGGGCAUCCCCGACGACUAUCUUCUUCCCAACGGUUACCCAGAUUACCUCCGGUUGAUCUUAACUUCCCGUGUCUACGACAUUAUCGACGAAACCCCUCUCCAUCAUGCCGUCAACCUGAGCAACCGCCUGGAGUGCCGUGUGCUGCUCAAGCGGGAAGAUUUGCUUCCUGUUUUCAGUUUUAAGCUGCGCGGUGCCUACAACAAGAUGGCUCACUUGACUCACGAGCAACGGUGGAAGGGUGUCAUUGCAUGCUCUGCCGGAAACCAUGCGCAGGGUGUUGCCUACUCUGCCCGCCAUCUCAAGAUUCCCGCCACUAUUGUUAUGCCCUCGGGCACCCCCGCGAUCAAGCACCUUAACGUCGCUCGCCUGGGCGGAAGCGUCGUUCUCCACGGCAAUGACUUUGAUGCGGCCAAAGACGAAGCUCACCGCCUGCAGCAACAGCACGGGCUCACCAACAUUCCUCCCUUCGAUGACCCUUACGUGAUUGCCGGCCAAGGAACCAUUGGUAUGGAACUCCUGCGCCAGGCCAACCUGCAGAAACUCGAAGCUGUGUUCUGCGCCGUCGGUGGAGGAGGCCUGAUUGCUGGCAUUGGAGUGUAUAUGAAGCGCAUCGCGCCUCACGUCAAGAUCAUUGGUGUCGAGGCCCACGAUGCCAACGCCAUGCAUCAGUCUCUAGACUCUGGAUCGCGCGUGUUCUUGAAGGAAGUGGGACUGUUCGCCGACGGCGCGGCGGUCAAGUCCGUCGGGGAGGAGAACUACCGGCUGGCCCGUGAAGUUAUCGAUGAAGUCAUCCAGGUAUCGACCGACGAGACAUGUGCUGCUAUCAAGGAUGCUUUUGAGGAUACCCGUUCCAUCAUUGAACCGGCGGGUGCACUGGCUUUGGCCGGCCUCAAGAAGUAUGUUAGCAUGUAUCCCAGCCCCGACACUAACCGGGAGCUGUGUGCUAUCACUUCUGGUGCGAACAUGGACUUUGAUCGUCUGCGUUUCGUCGCUGAGCGUGCCGCUCUGGGUGAGCGGAAGGAGGCUCUUCUGAGUGUCAAUAUCCCCGAGAAGCCGGGCGCAUUCGCCAAGCUCAUUGAAGUCAUUCUUCCCCAUGCGGUCACUGCCUUCAGCUACCGGUAUGCCCACGAUGCCUCUGCCGACGUCCUGAUGGGUAUCUCCCUGUCUGCGUUGACCGGCCAAGACGAUUUGGCCAAGAUCAUGACCCAUCUCACCAAGGAAGGUAUGAGUGUCAAGGACUUGAGCGACGACGAACUUGUCAAGCGGCACGUUCGUUUCUUGGUCGGUGGACGCAGCAGCGUCCAAAGUGAGCGAUUGUUCAUGUUCGAGUUCCCUGAGCGCCCCGGUGCUUUAGCCAAAUUCUUGACCACUCUUCGCCCCAACCAGAACAUCUCGUUGUUCCACUACCGCAACUACGGCGGAGAUGUUGGAAAGGUGCUUGCCGGUAUCCAAUGCCCCGAUACUGAGAAGGAGGAGCUUGAGUCUUUCCUGAGAGACUUGGGAUAUCCCUUCAGCGAGCACACCGACUCUCCCACUUACCAAACUUUCCUUCGUGCGUAAAACAUUCAGCAACCUUCUUGAGUCAUUCGCGUUUGUUUGGGGGAGAGCUUAAAGAGUUUUUUUUGAUUCCCUUCUUGUUAAUUCAUAUGGGCGUUCUUGUUGGGCAUAGUGUCGAUAGAGCUUGGGCUGUUUCUUUUUAGUGUGAGAGUGCUAGGCAUCAUUCCGUACAUAGAAUCCGAAAU